AGAGCCCCAAGUCCCAACUAAAAUAGCCAGUUGCUGAUCGAAUCGACCAUAAUGCCAGCGCCAGUAGUAGCGGUGUGCGUCGGUGCGGCUAUUGCAGGUGUCGCUGCUUUCGUCUUUGAACCCCACAUUGCCCCCGCCAUCGAGCGUUGGGCAGAGGACUUCCUCGCCAAACGUCGUGCUCGACGCAGAGGUCCUGUUCCUUUUCCAUCCACCCGAGGGUCUGGACAUGGAGACCCAGGGCCCAGCGGUGCUAAUCCGAGGAAAGAGCCCCUGCAGGAGAAGAAGAUCCUAUCGAAUUACAAGGCUUCAAUCUCGAUUGAAUGGCGGAACCAGGUCUAUCACACCGCCCCAGGUACGGUAAUUCCCGAUACAGACGAAGGGAGUAUAUCUAACACAAUGAAUGAGUCUAUCACGUCCCUCACGCACACCCCGCUCUCACCCACUCAUUUCAUUUCCAAUGUCUCCUCCCCAAUCAUGGAAGCUCACUCCGUAUCCACCCGCACGCCCAGCCGCGCCCACUCUCGUGCCUCUUCUCGUACCGCAAAAGAUGGCGAGCGUGAGGGCAACACUUUGUUUUUCGCCCCGUCUUCGCCCUCAUCCUCUGCACCUCCCAGUCCGCCAUUUGGACCCAUCCUCCCAGAUACCCCCCGCACAAGUGCUGCUUACUCUGCCCGCCCAUUUUCUCCGGUUGUGCGCACGCCCGUGCAUUCUCGCGUACCAUCGAGCAGGCCUUCCCUGCGGCACUUGAACUCAAGCUCAAGCUCGCGCGUCGGUGUGGAUAUGCAGGGCAGGCGUGUAAACAUUGACGUCGUUGGCGAGCACGUCAACUUCAACAUCAACAGCAGCGUCAAUACGAGGAUGCAAGAGGGUAUGAGCGCAAACACUAGUGUUGUAGAUUCACUAUCAGAACGUUACCCCGCACCGCCCACUCCGCCCGUCCUGCUCUCCCCGCCUUCAUCACACACUACCUCCUCCCCAAGCACAGACAUACUGAGCCUUGGGAGCAGCGGUAGCCAGCCCGGCUCGCCAUUUGACAUGGUGUCCCCGCCUGUUCGUAUCGGUGAGGUGCACCUCCCCUCGCACACAUCCCUCUCAGGUGCUGUGAGCUCGCUAUCUCCCUUGAUGAGCGAGCACGACUUUAUGGCGUUUGGCGAGGCGUCGGAUCUGGAUGGGGCGGAAAUCUUGGCUUCGCCAAGCGGAAGUACACGUUUGCAUAAUCCGUUUACUGAUUUUGAUGAGGGGAAUGAUUCCGACAGCGGUAGUGAAGGGAGCUGGAGACGGCUGAGUGUGACAUCCCGCAGGUGAUGCUCGUCUUGAGGGGGAGUUUGUCACAUCAUCAGAAACAGGAUGGAUGGUGGUGUAGUGUGCCUUGCUCCUUUUUCUCUUCCUUUUUACUAUCUGAUUCCCUAUUUUGUCGUUAAUUCGUACUCGUGUUGUUUUGUCGCUCUUUUCCUCCGUGUUGUAUCUUUACCCUCAUUGUGAUCGUUGUGAACCCACGACAAAUCAUCGAACAUAUUUUCGACUCUUCUCCUUUGACAAAUCCAACUGACUGUGUUGCUGUAGUAAUGCCAUCUAUAUCGACUGCGACGGCACCUUGCAUGCAACACUGGAAAUGGCAC